AUGACCAAAAGGCCAAGGGCACCUCGGGAGGCUUUCAGAGAUGUACUUGCUAUAUUCCUGAAAGACUCUGAGAGGGCAAUGCUAAUGAGUGCCACUUUAUUUAAAGGGUCACAACUCCCCUUCUUCAGGGACUUAUCUAGACAGUCAUGUGACGACAGUCCAUCCGUUUGCUUACUAGGGAUCCCAGGGGCUGCUGAUGGAAUGGUAAAAUAUACAACUCCUCUCAAACCAACAGCACAUGGAGAGACAAAAUAGUAUAAGAACAGCCAGGUGCAAACCAUAUAAACACUCCCUCAAGUGCUUUAAAUAUUCAAUUGUAUAUAGAAUAUAGAAUGCACACUAUAACAAUCUCAAAAAAACUUAGCUUUAUUAUGUACAAAAAAGUACCAGAGUGAAAACAUAUAAGAAAAGAUAAACAAAGUGACAGAAGCAAGGGCAAACACAAUAAAACAAUAAUAAAUUACCACAAAAAUUCUUACAAACCUUAAGACAGAAACAUGAGUCACCAAACCCCCCAAUGUUUUUUUUUUUUUUAAUUCUUUAUUUUGUUUGUGCGUUAUUUGGUUUCAUGUAUUAUAUUGACAGAUACAGGAGUUUAGAAUAUGCAUUACACGGUAGAUUAGUCAAUUUGUACAGCACACAUUUUUCUUUUUUACAACAGGUUGCACAACGGUUGCUUGCAUUAGUGCUUACAUAUGUAACUGGGUAUAUAACCCGUCCUGUAGUAGUGUUAGCCCCUCUUUCUGCUCUGUAUGGUUUGGGUCACAUGUUUGUACUCUUGAUGAGGUUUUGGAUCACUAUGUGUAAGUGCACUAGUUUGUGGCGUUCAUGAGGAGUCAAGGGUGGUCUACCCGUGGUGCUAUUUUAGCUGUGGUCACUCUUUGUGGGCCGGUCGUCUGUGAUGUAGCGUCGUUGUGGGGUCACGGCUUUUACCACGGUAGUGGGGGGCCCCUAACCUAGGGGGGCUGCGGGGGGUAGGGGGAGAGGGAGCAGAGAGCUUGUCCGGAGCCUCCCUGCAUUAGUGUGGUGUCAUGUGAUAGUCACUAAGCAUGUGGGUAUCUCUUAGUGUAUGUGGGUGAAUGGUUGGCACGGAAUGUGUGGGUCAAUAACAGAGGUAAUAACUAGUAUAACUAAACAAUUAUAUGAAACGAGCAACAGUCAGUAUGCGAGUUUAAGAAAGUCUACUUUAGCCAGAAUGGCCAGGCUUGCUUGCAGACCGUGUCAGGUUUCCGAGUCUGUGCUUGGGGAUCGGGGGAUGAAUGGUCUCGUGGUGGCUGGAUCUCCCAUCCGGGCUGGUCCUGUUUGGGCUGUUAUCUGGAGAGCGUCCGAUGGUCCCAAAAGUGUGAGGACUGCGAGUAUAUCUGCCUCCGAUGUGGCUCUGUGGAUAGUCCCCUUGUGCGGAAUCAGCAGGGUCCGCGGCGUGCCCCAUCUGUACUGUAUGCCUGCGGUUCUCAGGCGGCUAGUUAAGUGUUUUAUUGAUCUCCGCCAGAGUAGUGUCGCUCGAGUGAGGUCUUGGAAAAAAAGUAGGUUGGCGUUUUCGAAUGGCAGGGGAGUCUUGCCUCUGAUUGCCGCCAGUAUUGCUGCUUUAUCUUGUGUUGUGGCACACUUUAAUAUAACGUCCUUAGCCUCCGCGGCUGGUGUGGUGUUCCCAGUUUGCAGCCGAAAUAUGCCUUCUAGGGCGAGUUUUCUGGCAGUAGUUGGCGGUAGUAUGGAGGCAAGAAGCCUCCUCACAAAGUGGGGCAACUCCUCUGUGGUGAUUUCUUUUGGGACUCCUCUGAGCUUAAUGUGGUUGCGACGCAGGCGGUCCUCCUGGGUGGCCACCUGCGCCGCCAGUGCCUGGUGGGCUGUCUGCAGGGACUGCAGGGCUGCGGUGAGAUUUGUUGUCCCACUGGUUAGUGAUUGUAUGUCCCCUUCUAUGGCACUCACCCUCUUACGUACGUCCGUCUUGAGAGUGCCAAUAUCCGCGGCUAGCAGGGUUUGAAUUUCCUGCAUCCAUGUUUGCAGGUCUUGUUUUGUAGCAAAGGUAUUUUCGCUCAGCUCUGUGCCAGCCAGGGGUGAGUUGGGUCGCUUGUCCUCAGGCCCUAGCUCCAGUGCGUGUGCCCGCUCCAAUAGUGGUGGCGGGGGGCCUACUGUGGAGGAUCUCGUGGCGGCCAUUUUGGAAGGUGCUUGUCGUUGCAGCAUUUCCCCGAUGUUCGGCUGGUCUGCUGCCGAUGCCGGGUACUGCUUUUGCGUGCGACGCCCCAUGGUUGCAGUGGGGCUGCUGUGUGUUGCGGUAGCCGUCCCCUCCGAGUCUGGGCGGUAUUCCGUCCCGAUGUUGUCUAGGAGAGUCUCCAGGCCGUAGCUCGUGGGAGUGAGGUAGGCCCGGUGUUUUUGUUUCACCUUUCUGGGCUUCGUUUGGUGAAAGAAGGGCAUUAGUUGGCUCCUCUCAGUUACCCCGUGUUCGGGGUGGGGUUGAUGUCUGCGGAUGGGUUAAGAUGCCCGUGAUAUGCUCAAGUUUAUCGUUGCGAGGUCGGGAGCUGAUGGAGAUGGCGUCCGUUCAGCUCUGCUCCCAAGCCCCGCCCAAACCCCCCAAUGUUUCGGCACCAACUGGCUGCCUUUAUCAAGGGUACCUGAUUGUUAUAGUGUGCAAAAUAUACAACUCCUACCUUUUAUUCAUGGAUUGGGACUUUCGGGGGACCUGCUUUUGCCAUGUGAUCACCAAUGGAAUAUCUGCUCUAAUGUGCACGUUGUACCAGGUUCCAGAAUGUCCACGCCAGAGAAGCUUCGUUCGUGAUACGGUUUAGCACUGUUCUGUAUACUUGUAUCACAGCCUGGUUCUGAAAGCUACACUCUCUCCUUGAUUCUGCAAACUCUACCAUAAGUGCGAUAUGACAAUUUUACCUUUCUUCUAGGCCAGUGAUGGAUAACCUUGACACCAAUAAUUGUUUCUGGACUACAUUUCCCAUGAUGCUCAGUUAGCUUUUAGACUCUAAAAGCUGGCUGAGCAUCAUGGGAAAUGUAGUCCAGAAAUCAUUUAUGGUGGCAAGGUUAGCCAUUACUGUUCUAGGCACAACAUUCUGGCUGACCUCUUAUUUCUUCUGUUUAUUUCCACAACUUAACAUAAGUUUAGGCCUGCUAUAUUCUGUAUACUUAAAUGGCUAUUUUCAAUUUCUUUGCCGUUCUGUUAUGCAGCCAUUAUUUCUUGUUUCAAAAAUUGUGGUUUCUACAGCAAUUUUUUUUUAAUUUUUUUACCUUUUGAAACACUAUUGCACUCAAGUACCAAGUUCUUAAUCUUUAAGUUCACCACGCCCCUUAUUCUUUUCCCUUAGUUGGCUUGGGCAAGCUUCCCACAAGUUCUGUGUUUCGGAUGGACAUGGUGAUGUAAUGAUGGGGUCACUGAUGCGUUUUGCCCACUAGUAGAGCUUUGUCAAACCGAUGACCUGCUCCUCCUUUGUAUCUAUUUAUAUACAACAAUGUACUUGUAGCGGAGAGCUAGUGAUAGCAGGGCUUCUUCUCCGCUGGUUACUCUAGCAGCUACUCGGGAACAAACAGGAUGAUUCAAAAAGGCAGGCAUAAGCAUAAUAUAAUCCAUGAAUAUCCCAUCACCCUUCCCAGUAACUGGACGACACUCAGUAUUAGGAGCAGAACUGCACCUCUAAUGGCCAGGCUGGCCUUUUAUGCAGGUUUUUCCCAAAAGGCCAUCACCCAGGUGGACCUUGCUGGGCACAGGUAAAAACAGAAAACAACCAAUAAACACGGAGUCAGGUAAAAAGUCACUCCCAUACAUUUCACACAAUCCCUCCCCUCUGCUUAGGAGAUAAUUGAGUUAAUUACUGUACUGUUUUAAAUAAGAGCCAGCACAGAGUCUCAGCAAAAACAUAUAUACAUUUGAGACUUCCUUUUGUUCAAAGAGUGAGUCUGGUAGCAAAAUAGUACUGGCCCUUCUACCUUACGUCAUGCAAGUGACAUAGUAAAAGAUGAAUAAAAGUAAUUUAAAAGCAUUGCAAAUAUGUCUUCCUGAGCUAAGCACCUAACCCUGCAUUCAAUGUAUUAGAGGGAGAAUUCUUCUGACGGAAUCAGAGAAUUAAUACUGGGAGCAGAGGAAGAAUGCAGAGCAUAGAGCUAAAUCAUCAAUCCUUUUUUAUUGUUGAAUUGACCAAUGGCCACCACUGUCGGGUGAUUGCUCUUGAAAAUAAACUUUGAUGAAAGGGGCCUAUUGUGAAUCCAAUAUCAGUUUAUUUAGCAAUCAAGGUAUCUAAAACUGCACCUGCCUGCAUUGAUGUUGUUGCACACCUUGGCUUGACCUAUGAAUAUUUUGUUUAUCCCUCAGUUCAGUUUGUUUAGGCUUGACCAAUGAUGAAGGUGAAACUUGACUAGUGGUUGGGAGACUGAGCUUAUUGGGUUACAGAUUACUUGUAUUUGUGGUAGAUGCGCAAAUUGUGCUUGCUGGAGCCUUAAGUCUUGGGACGUGCCUGCAAAAAGCUCUUUGUCCACCUGAUUUCAAUGUAUUUAAUAUUAAACUGGACCAGACCUUACCCAUUACUAACACCCCCUAUGAGCCAGACAAAUAAUGUCUAGAAGACCCCAAGAGAUAUGUCCAUGCAUCCCUAUAGUAACAUACAUAAUGAAACCUGAUACAUAAAUACCUAGGACAAGGAACCCGUCUUAGAAAUUAGUAGUACAUAUUUUAAAUAUUUUUAAAAGUUUGUUCAAUAGGUAUGAUUCUUUCUGUUGUUUACCUACAGUUUCCUUUUUAACAGUAAUGGCUCGGGCCUAAGUAGCUCCAAAGGUAUCCCGCAAGAACACACGAUCAUACAUCUACGCAAUGUCCUUUAGUAAGAUGUAGAGUAGACGCUUCUGGUUACCUCUAAGGGCCCUACACCGAUCCUGGCCGUUUCUACCUCAUGACUGUACAAAGUACAAUGUUAAUUUGACGGUUUUUUAAUGACGUAUGUAUCCCUCGUUGGGGCGCUUUCUAAUUUAGAUAUGUAAUUGGCCAUGUACCGUUACCUUCCCUACUGUUCAUCCAUUGGGUGCGCCUGUACUUCCAGCAAGCAUGCAUUGUUUGGGCACGAUUAUAUGUUAAGUAUUGGGGACAUACUGUCUUAUCCUGUCGCUGAUAUGUCAAACACAAAUAAAGAAUUUAAAAAAAAAAAAAAACAGUAAUGGCUCAUGUGUGCUGGAGUUGGAUAAAAUGUUUGUUUCUUGGGAAGCAGGUUUGAUAUUUCUCUUGUCCCUAGAAUGGAGACAUUUAUGAUUUUUGGAAUUGGUUACUGAACUGUAAUUGUUUAUUGUAUUGUAGGAAACACAGGAGGCGGAUGACAGCUGCUCUCUUCGGGAUGUGUCUGAGGGCCAAAUUGGAAAGCUAGUUGUACGCAAAUCUGGCAAGAUACAGCUUGUAUUGGGCAAGGUCACCCUUGAUGUCACAAUGGGGACAACCUGUUCUUUUCUGCAGGUAAGUUAAUUCUCUCUUUUAGACUAGGUUUGUCUUUUCUAUCACUUUACUCCUGUCUGGAAACUUUAUCUGUGUCAUUCUCUUUCACCAUGCAUUUGGCCCUUUAAUGCAUUCCUUGUUAUUAGCAAACAAACAAAAGUGUAGCACAAGAAAAUAACACUAGAGGUCAAAUACCUGCCCUUUGGUGGGUCCCAGCUCAGCUCUCAAAUUAGUUUUAGCUCACUCUGAGAUUACCUGAACCACUUUGUUAUUAAAUUGAUAUGCUCCCUCAAAUGAUACACUGCAUCCCCAGAUGAUUGUUUCAGGAUAAUGAUUACAGUAGUAAAUCAUUAGUUACAGUUUAUUUUAUUUUGUUAUAGCAAAUUGUAGCUGUAGUUUUGUGACCAGGGUUCUGCAUAAUAAAUAUGAUUUUUCAACAAUGCUGACUCAUAAGUUCUUGAAAUAAUACGUAAAUCCAUAAAAUAAGGUCUUGUGUAGCUUCCAUUGUUUCUAUUAUAGUGAAGCUGACAUUGUGAUAUAUUAGUGCUAGUUAAUAGACAAAACUUUUUUCUUUUUUGACAUAAGAUUAGUAGUGUUUUAGUGAAGACAAUGCCAACCAUCUUUUCCAUUUAUAAAUCACGUUUUAUAAGAUUUGUUCAUGAAAAUGUUUUCCAGCCUACUCUGCUUGAGAAGAUUUCUGUAUUCUUGCAUGACUUAGAUAUAUGUUACAUCUGUUUUUUUCCCUCUGGCAGGAGCUGGUGUCAGUUAGUGUGGGUGAAGCUCGAAGUGGAGAGAUGAUGGUUUUGGGCCAUGUUCAGCACAAGCUUGUAUGUUCCCCGGACUUUGCGUCUUUACUAGAAGGAAGGCAUCGUUGA